AUGGAUGGUCAUGAAGGUUGUUAUGGCGGCGGUGGAAAGACGGAAAUGAUUCCGACGGAGGGAGCUCUGAAGAUGGUACUGGGCGUCUCCGAGCGGCUACCUCCGGUAGUCGUAUCGCUGCAGGAAGCACUUGCGAAGCUCUGUCCGGAUCCCGAGAACGCCGCCCCCAGUGUUUCAGACCGAACCGGAGUCUCUACAUGUGAUUAUGUAACCGCGAAUCAACGACGAGCCGCGUCUUCUCGAUCACGCCGCCGCUGUUCACCGUCGCCGUCGAUCUUCUGCUCCGAGUCAUCGCCAUCGUCUGUGAAUCUCAUCUGGCGAUGCACAGAGAGUAGAAACUGCGCCUGCGUGGCGAAAAACGGAGGAGAGAUACCUUACAACUACGAUGGGAACAUAGUUUGUCCAAAGAGCUUGAUCUACGAGUGUGGCCCUCUCUGCAAAUGCCCUCCUGCUUGCUACCUAAGAGUCACGCAGCGAGGGAUCAGGUUCAAGCUCGAGAUCUUCAAAACCGAGUCGAGAGGCUGGGGAGUGAGGUCUCUCAGCUCGAUACCUUCGGGUAGCUUCAUAUGCGAGUACGUCGGCGAGCUUUUGGAGGAUAAAGAAGCUGAGAGAAGAACAGGGAACGACGAGUAUCUCUUUGACAUUGGGAACAAAUACGACAACUCUUUAGCUGAAGGGAUGUCGAAGCUAAUAACAGGGAUGGAGAAAGAGAAAGAAGAAGAAGAUGGUGGCGAUGGUGGUGAGACGACGGGGUUCACCGUCGACGCCGCGAAGAAAGGGAACAUCGGGAGGUUUAUAAACCAUAGCUGCUCGCCGAAUCUGUAUGCACAGAACGUGUUGUAUGAUCAUGAAGACAAGAGGAUCCCUCACGUGAUGCUGUUUGCGAUGGACAAUAUACCUCCGCUUCAAGAACUCACUUACCAUUACAAUUACAUGAUCGACCAGGUGCGCGAUGUCAACGGUAAUAUCAAGAAGAAGAUUUGCUACUGUGGUUCUUCUGAGUGUUCCGGUAGGCUCUAUUAA